AUGUCACCUCAAGUGAUUUUGUUAUUUAGCGGUAAAAGAAAAUCGGGGAAAGAUUAUCUCACAGAUCAUUUACAGCAAAGGCUAAAAAACGAAUGUGGAGUCAUAAAAAUAUCAGCACCUAUAAAAAGUUAUUGGGCUAAAGAAAAUAAUUUGAAUUUGAAUGAACUUUUAAGCCACAAUGAAUACAAAGAGCAAUACAGACUGGAGAUGAUAAGAUGGAGUGAUAGCAUUCGAGCACAGGAUUAUGGUUAUUUUUGUAGACAAGCUUGCCACGAUGCUUUGGACAAACCAACAUGGAUUGUGAGUGAUAUAAGAAGAAAAACUGAUAUCUGUUGGUUUAAAGAAACUUAUAAGGAUUUAGUCAAAACUAUUCGCAUUGUAGCCGAUGAAGAGACUAGGAAAUCUAGAGGCUUCCAAUAUAAAGAUGGCAUUGAUAAUGUUGCUUCAGAAUGUGAUUUAGAUGACUAUGGCGAUUGGGAUUUAGUGAUUAAUAAUGGUGAAGGAAAACCAACAUUACAGAAACAAAUGGAGUCUAUAAUGGAGUUAUGUAAAAAUAACAAAUAA